GCUUGCAGGUUUCGCAGCCAGACUUGCAGGCUUCUUUGAGCUCCCACCCUCCGCUCCGUUGCUAAUCAUCAGCAACCACCAUUCUUGUCGCCGUUGUUUUUUUUAAUAAACAUCUAAACCACCACCGGGCAUCAUGAGCGCAUACGACGCGAUAGAGACCGUGGAUCCCGCCCAGCACCAUGUUGCCGCCUUGCAGGUCUGGUAUAACCUGAACCGCGAGCGGGCUCGCAUUGAGCAGGAGCUCGCCGUCAGCUACGAGGCCCUGAUUAACCGUUACCGCGAGAAAUGUGCCGAGUGCGACCGUGAGAAGCGUAACGCCAUGCUCUGGGAGAAGGAGCAGCGCAUGGCUGAGAGGGAGCUCAAUGGUCUUAAAGCCGCUGCAGAAUCGUCGCCCUUCGCCUUUGUCGUUAUCGAUGGCGAUGGCGCUAUCUUCCGGGAGGACCUUAUUGCCCGUGGCGAGGAGGGCGGCAGCCAGGCUGCGCAUGAGCUACAUCAACAACUUAAGGCAUACUUCCACGAGAACCCUCAUUUCUCCAGCAUUGACACCAUUUUUGUCCACGUGGUACUUAGCGUCGACGGCCUGUCGAGGGCUCUUCACGCCUCGGGCACUCUGCCCAUCACUGACCACGCCAUCUUGACCAAAUUUGGCCGCGGCUUUUGCCGCGCACAGCCCCUUUUCUCCUUCACUGACGUCGGCUAUGGCAAGGAGCAGGCCGAUCAUAAAGUCCGCAAACUCUUUGAGGUCAUGGAGAAGAAUAUCCAGUGUCGGUGCCUCAUCCUGGCCGGCUGCCACGACAAUGGCUACGCCACCUUUCUCGAGUCCUUCCGCAGCAACCAAAAGAUCUGCCUCCUCGAGACCACUCCACCGGCUGCCGAUUUCAGAAAGCUAAGCUUCAAGCGUGUUUUCUUCCCCUCCGUCUUUCGCUCCGAGCCCCUGCCGGCCAGGUCCAUAGCCCCUCCUCAAUACGCGCCAGCUCCCACGGCAGCUCCUCGCUAUCCGGGUUCCGCGGGCUCUCCUCCCCCUGGCUUCAAUGGCGAGCUGGGCAUUGCCAGCCUGCCCAGCCCUGCCCCAACGGCAUCGCCUAAACAGGCACCCCCGGCUUCGCUCGUGGCCAGCAAGCCCGACGGUCAGCCGAGCAGCUAUGCGGCGGUGGGGCGGAGCAGCGCUCCCAUUACCAUCAACAUCGCCAGCCAAAAGAAGCCAGCCGCCUCUCGCCCCUACUACCAGCUCAACAAGGAUGAUGAACGGGUGGAUGUUCCACUGCCUAAGCCGGACCCUAAUGCCGUCAAGUCGCUCGAGGACCGUAUGCACGCCAACGGGAAGAACUUUUGCAACAGAUACUACUUGAUGAACAGCUGCAAGAGCGCCAACUGCAGUUUCUACCACGGCGACCGCUUGAGCCCCGCCGAGUUGCUUGUGCUUCGCCACAAGACGCGGAAUCUUCCUUGCGGCGCCGGCCGCUCGUGCCGCGAGAUCUCGUGCAACCUCGGCCAUCAUUGCGCGAACCCAGGUUCCUGCUAUUUCGGAAACAACUGCCGCUUUGCCGACAUGCAUGGCAUGGAUAUUAAACCGACGAUUAAGAUCUACGAAGAUGGCACCCGCGAGAUCCUUUAGGGACAUGAUUUGGCGGGGUUGCUUGAUGCCGCGGUACGAGGCUAGGAACAAGUCUUGCUUAGCAUAUUCCCUGCUUGUUUCACACAGCAGCCCAAGCUCAUGCCAGGUCCCCGGCGUUACGGUUAGUCUUAGCUAUCUCGGGCUGCUUGUAGCUCAAGGCGGGGUUGAGGAGAAGAGGGCCGGGAGGAGCCGUCUUUAAAUUUUAUUUCUUUUCCAUGAUCGGUUAACCUUGGCCGUUG